AUGGCCUCCAAGUCACCCCGUCCCGGAAGGGUGGGCCGACAACGAAAAACCGCCCUCGCAGUCGAUACCCAUUUAGGAUCCUACGACCGCACGGACCCAUUCCGCGCGUUCAGCGUCCUCGCGGGCCUCCUGGGGUCAUUGGCCUCGCGUCUGGGAGGGUGCCAGUACAAGCUCACGCCGGAAGAGCAUAAGCUCUCGCUUCACCUCCUCACGAUCGUGGAGCCCUACAUCGGCUGUGGUGCUUCGAGCGAGCGGACGCUCAUCACGCGUCAGCCUACAGAGAUCUUGGAUGCUAUCGUGUUCCAUAUAGACGAUAAGCGCGAUUUGGUGGCUCUGGCUGUGUCGUGUCGGCGGAUGCAUGGGGUUGUGGUGCCGAGGCAUUUGGACUAUCGCGUGGUGCGAUGCAAAGUCAGCUCGAUCAGCGUGUGGAAUCACUUGAUCGUCAACCGAUCCUUGGCGAGGAACGUGAGGAGGCUGGAGAUCUUGGAUGAGAGGGCUUCGGGGGAGGCUGUGAGAAUCCCGGGGGGUGUUGUGGGUACGGAUACGGAUUUGGAGUCAACGGAUGACGAGCUGGGGAUGCAUGAGAAGCAGGAGAGGUUUCUUGUUAGCGCGUUGGCGAGGAUGAGUGCGCUGAGGUCGUUUGUGUGGUCCUGCAAUCAUUCUCCGAUCUCUAUCGAUAAUGUUUGGCCUACUUUGUUGAAGUGCCAGACGUUAUCGGAGGUUGAGAUUAACGAUAAUAUGAUCUUCGGGCCGACAUCGGAUUCGGGCGAAGAUAGUCGGGCGGCUCGGUCUCUCGUCCUUCCGUCAGUCAAAACCGCGUCGUUCCAAUCCACGAAGCACAUCUAUGGCUCGUGCCAAAAUCCAGAGCUGGGUCGUAUCAAAGACAUGCUCAACUAUUGCCCUAAUCUCGAGGACCUCAACAUAUCCUACGCCCGCCCCCGCCCCCCAUUCGCAGCCUACAUACCCGCAGACGAACUCUUCCUAUACGGCCGCUGGCCCAGCCUCACCACACUAACACUCACCAACCUCCGCGGAGCCAGCGACGCCGCGUCCACAUUCCUCUCCUCCCACCCCAGCUUGGAGGUCCUCAACCUCGACAUCACGCCCAUCACUCUAUACCCCAACUCCCUCCCGCGCCUCCGGGAACUCACCGCGCACAAGGACGUCGUCACCGCGAUCCUGGAGUGUGGUCCCCAUCCGCUGGAGACGAUCAAGGGCGUACGGCUCUCUGGUCCGUGCGAUGCUUUCCUUUCGAGCCUCAAGCGCUUUGGGGGGUCCGUGAAGAGGGUGGAACUCGAGGGGUGGAGCGAUAUGGACGAUAUCCGGAGACUUGUCGAGAGCGCGCCGACGCUCUCGUGGCUCGAUACGGGGAAGAAACUGAGUGGGGGGCAGAACUCGGGGGGUGUGGUAGAGUGGGCGAACGUGCUGGCGGGGCUGACGGAGCUGGUGGCGUUCCAUGGGGUCAAGUUCUUUUACGAAGCUUCUGCUUUAGUCUCGGCGACUUCUAUGGCGGACCGUAGUCGGUUCCGCAAGAACGACGAAAUAGCGAGUUUGUUGGCGUGGAAGUGUGGGAAGCUGAGGAGGGUGGAUCAUUGGGAGGAUGGGAGUGGGAAGGUUGUGGUUCUUGUGAGGGAGAGGGAUGGGGUCAAGUGGGAGGUGAGGAGGGUGAGGCAGUAG